UUCGUCAUUUCCCGGUGAUCGACAUCCUCCUCGAGCUAAUACUCGUACUGCUACUACUCCAUGUCUCGUCCGGUUAAUGACAUCGACCCGUUAUUGUGAAUGAAACGUCGACGCCUCUCGGCCGUGGGGUAAGGGUAAGGCUACUUGAAGCCGGGAUCGUCGUGAGCAAGGAGGCGGUAUGAUAUAUGAUAUAUAGAUCUCUCUGCAUUAUUCCUCGAUCUGCACACCUCCUCCUCGGACUCCUCUUUCGACAAGGACGACGUAAUCUAGCCGUCUAGCUCGCCGAUCGUCUAUUUACUGCAUCUUCGCAAACCAUCUGACCCGCAUCCGAGGAGGAUCAUCAUAUCGUUACACUCUCAAUCGGUUUUAUCGACUCCAUAUCCCAUACAAGGGGGCGUUCAGUAGCAACCAUCGCAAUCACAAGAUAGAGGGAGAAAGAGGUCAAUAUUCAAGAUGGUCGGAACAACAACAACAUCAACACUGCUCAGCCGUAAAGCUCUUCCCUUGGCUUCCGUCCCUGUAUCACCAACAUUAGACCUUGGAGGUGGAGAAUACGAUGCAUGGGUGGAAAGACUGGUUCAAGAUGCUUUGGGAGUGGUUGGGAGUAUGAACCGAUGGAGACUAUCCACCUCGCAUCAGAAAGAUACCGUCCAGACCUACACCCUCCCUUGCCAUCAUUCCGGCCGAGACGCCCAGCCCAGCACCCCCGAGGGCUCGCGUCCAGCUCUCCAGGUGCACAAAGACGAGCUCUGGGCAGGAAGACGGAGUUUACAUUUCAUCCCCCGAGUUCGACGAGCCAGCUUGACCGGAGGAGUCGACAUCGGAGAGGCGGAAGGAGAAGAAGAGGAACUCGAACGGAACGGAGGAGGGUUGUUCGAGGCGUUCGAAGAGGGGUUGUUGAGGCGGCAUACGGAGCAUGAGAAGCAAUAUAUAGAAAGUUUGAAGGAUGUCGAGAGGGUGGGCGUGGUGAGGGAGGGAGAGGCUGAGGUUUGGAAGAUGGUGUAUUCGAUGCCAUCACCACUCAGUCCGAGGACGUUCGUAGAGCUGGUGAUUGCCAAGGAACUACCACCGAUACCGGGCAAACUUCCCCCUGGUUUCCAUACGAAUCAUCUUCCCAGACCUUGUCGGCAAUUCAUGGUCAUCAGUCUCCCGAUUGACGAUCGAAACUCGUCUCUGCCUUCACCACCAUACUCGGCAGAAACGGGUUCGCCUGGAUCGUCCACGCCACCUUCACCUGGGUCCGGUAUCGCUACCCCAGACUCAGUGGUCUCCCCGACAACGCCAGGGACGAGUCGGCCGUCUACGAACGGGAGAGCAUCCACAUCGACAUCGACAAGCGGUGGCAAAAACAAGACGGUCCGAGCGCGCUACGUCAGUGUGGAAUGGGUCAGAGAGGUCGAUCUACAACUUGCUGGAUUCGAGCAUGGGGAGAUCGACGGAGGGCCCAGAGUCGUCAGAGGGAUCGAGUGGAUCAUGGCGACGAGUAGCAGUGCUGGGGGGAACGUGCCUCAAGCUGUUACGAACAUGUCUCUGCCGUCCAAGAUUACCGAAGACGUCCCGGCUUUCCUCGCGUGGGUGGCGAAGAAGAGCCCGCAGCUAGGCAAGAUAGAAAGCAAGAAAUUGUGAUCCCCUGAGCUGAAACGACACACCGAGAUGAAGACGCCCCUUACUCAAGACUGGCCCUAUUCGUGCGCAACUAUAUAAUGACCCGGUUUGAGCGCGUAUCAUUGAAUGGCCUGUCGAGCCUUGUAUUGCAUAUGAUUCCUCCAUAGUUAUAUAAUAAGAUCUUUUCUUCCGA